AUGAGUAAAGUUUGGUUGCUAGGUAUGCUGAUCACCGCAUAUGCACUCGGUGUCAUGAUUGGUGCACCGUUUAUGACCUUAUGGUUUGGACGGUUUCCACGACGUAAAGCGCUUAUUUUAGCCAUGAUUAUUUUUACCAUUGGUAAUAUUCUUGCUGCAAUUGCCCCCAAUUAUUGGGGCUUAAUGGCCGCUCGAAUCCUGACCAGUCUCAAUCACGGGGUAUUUUUCGGGAUUGGUUCCAUUGUUGCAACAAGCGUCGUACCUAAAGACAAACAAGCCAGUGCAGUUGCCACCAUGUUUAUGGGCCUCACCAUUGCCAACAUCGGUGGUGUGCCUUUAGCCACAUGGGUUGGGCAGAAUAUUGGCUGGCGUAUGUCAUUUGCAGCAAUCGCCUUACUCGGCGUGAUUACUAUGCUGUCACUAUGGAAAGCCUUGCCUGAAGAUAAAGCAAGCCAACGUCCUGAUGUCAAAGCAGAAUUAAAAGUGCUGACUCGGCUGCCUGUGGUUCUUGCAUUGCUCACCACGGUGAUGAGUGCAGGUGCAAUGUUUACCCUCUAUACCUAUAUUGCGCCUAGCCUACAAAACAUCACCCAUGCCAGCCCGAUGUUUAUUACCUUGAUGCUGGUACUGAUUGGAAUUGGUUUUUCAAUUGGUAAUCACUUAGGUGGGAAAUUUGCAGACUUGUCACUGACCAAAACAUUGACCAGUUUCUUGCUGUUACUGAUGGUGAGCAUGUUGCUGUUCCCUAUACUGGCUCAAACUCAAAUUGGUGCAGCAUUGGCACUGAUUGUCUGGGGAGCAGCAGCCUUUGCAGUGGUCCCACCUUUACAGAUGCGUGUCAUGUCUGUUGCUCAUGAAGCACCUGGAUUGGCAUCCUCUGUGAAUAUUGGGGCAUUUAAUUUAGGCAAUGCUUUAGGUGCAACAGCUGGUGGCGCAGUAUUGAGUAUGGGCAUGAGUUAUGCUGCGGUGUCUAUUGCAGGUGCGGUACUCACAGCUUUAGGGCUAGUGCUGGGUCUGCUUCAGGAUUAUUGA